GGACGGUGAAAACAAAAAUGGACAUCGAUCGAAAAUAACCUAACUGUCUAUGUCAGACCUCUGACUGGCUCAUCACAAAGAACCUGAGGGGAGAAAAGUCAAAGAGGCCAGAGUUCAGAACCAUGGAGGCUCGGUUUGGUAAUAUUGUGUUCAGCUCCAAGUUUGACUCAGGAAACCUCGCACGUGUGGAGAAGGUGGAGAAGGGCAGCUCCAGCCCUUCCUCUGAUACAGCUUCCAGUGGGAGUGCCCCCUCAGGGUCUACUAUUACCCCUGACUAUGAGUUCAAUGUGUGGACUCAGCCAGACUGUGCUGGUACUGAGCAUGAGAAUGGAAACAGAUCAUGGUUUUACUUCAGUGUGCGGGGUGCAGCACCUGGGAAGAUACUCAAGAUCAAUGUGAUGAACAUGAAUAACCAGAGGAAGCUGUACAGCCAGGGUAUGGCUCCUCUUGUACGCACUUUACCUGGCAAGAACCGAUGGGAAAGGAUCCGAGACAGACCCACAUCUGAGAUUGUAGAGAACCAGUUCAUUCUCUCAUUCACUCACCGGCUGUUGGAGGUGCGGGGGGCUACCACCUACUUCUCCUUCUGCUACCCAUUCUCAUACAGUGAGUGCCAGGAGAUGCUGCAGCAGUUGGAUGAGAGCUACCCCAAUGCUGCUAAACUCAGUCCAAUCAGUGCACCGGGCAGUGUGUAUUAUCAUCGCGAGUUGCUGUGCCACUCUCUGGAUGGCAAUAGGGUGGACCUGCUCACUGUGACCAACUGCAACGGGAUGCACGAAGAGAGAGAACCCCGGCUGCCUAAGCUGUUUCCCGACAACAACACUCCAAGACCACAUCGCUUUUCCAGCAAAAGGGUGUUUUUCCUCAGCAGUCGUGUACACCCAGGGGAGACGCCCUCAUCCUUUGUGUUUAAUGGUUUCCUAAACUUUAUCCUAAGAAGAGAUGACCCACGUGCUCAUGCACUUCGAAACAUGUUUGUGUUCAAGCUCAUUCCUAUGCUCAAUCCAGACGGGGUUGUCCGCGGACAUUACAGGACUGAUUCCAGAGGAGUGAACUUGAACAGACAAUACCUGAACCCCAGCCCCGAGCUGCACCCAUCCAUCUAUGGAGCCAAGACACUGUUGCUCUACCACCACAUGCACAACCGCUUGCACAUUACACAAUCCGGCACUCACUUUAACAGCCCUUCACAUACACAGACCACGCCCCUGAACAUCAAACCCGCCAAUCAGCAUCAGGCUCCUCCCCUCACCGCCCUUGACGUCAGCGUGAACCAACAAACUGUAGAGAAGGAAGAAAAUCCUGCGCAGCCCGAAGUUCCCAUGGUGAUGGAAGAAAAUGUCUGGGUUACCACAGAGACAGGGAAAGGAGACCAGAACAGUUCAUCAAUCUCUUCAGAGACUGUAGCCCCUGUUACUGUAGAGGUAACAGUCCCACAGGUGGAGGAACAGGAAUCAAUUCCACCCCAGGAGGGAGGCGUGGCAUAUUAUGUGGAUUUACAUGGCCACGCCUCCAAACGUGGAUGUUUCAUGUAUGGAAACAGCCUUCCCAGUGAGAGCCAGCAGGUAGAGAACAUGCUGUACCCAAGGUUGAUCGCUGUGAACUCUGCCCACUUUGAUUUCCUUGGCUGUAACUUCUCAGAGAAAAACAUGUACGCACGAGACAAGAGAGAUGGGCAGUCCAAAGAAGGCAGCGGGCGAGUGGCCAUUCACAAGGCCAUAGGGCUGCUUCACAGCUACACUCUGGAGUGCAACUACAACACAGGAAAAAGCAUGAACACCAUUCCACCUGCCUGCCACGACAACGGACGGGCAACCCCUCCUCCACCUCCAUCAUUCCCUCCAAAAUACACUCCAGAAAUAUUUGAACAGGUGGGGCGUGCCGUGGCUGUCUCAGCCCUGGAUAUGGCAGAGUGUAACCCCUGGCCAAGACUGGUUCUGUCGGAGCACAGCUGCCUGACAAAUCUCCGAGCCUGGAUCCUCAAACACGUACGCAACACUAAAGGCCUGAACACACACAUCCACUCUCACCCUCCACCAAGAAUACACCACAAUGGCAGCAAGGCUUCACCGCCAAAGAAUUUCAACAACUGUCUGUCUGGUUCAGCUUCGGAGAACACCCUCAGCCGCAUUCGCUGCAACAGCCACAGUAGCAGCAGCCAGACGCCCUCCCCAAAGAUGCACAGCUCUCCAAGCUUUACUUUUGGCUGCCCCCCACCCAGAACUCACACGCAGCACAACAGCACACACACAAGCGGACGUGGAGGCAACAAGACACUCGGGCCAGUCAGGGGCCUCAGCUGUCCAGACUUUCAGGCUGGUGGACACAGUUCAGAGGGUUGGUCCAGAAUGCCUUUCCCCACGCGUCCUGGACGUGUGGGGAGAGGGUGCCGAACUCAUCACUCCACAGAGACCCGUACAGAGACUGCUAAAGGGUUGGGGCCUGAACACAUCCUUUCCUCCAUCAAAUUUAGCAAGUGUGAACUACAGCCUCAUAUAAGCCGCAUCCCCAUCCGGAGGUUGGGAUCAACUGACACCUCUUCCACACGCGACAGUAAAACAACCCCUGUUAGCAAUAAUCCAGAGGAGUCACCCUCCAUGAAGGUUUGGAAGCUGCUCAAACCAGGCCUCCACAGACACCUGUCACUCUCAGGUGUGUCGGGGAAAGACGGUGCCAUGCAGCUGGCCUCUAAGGCACUAAUGAAGAAGGGCACUGACAGGAGUUUACACUACAAAGGAAAUGCUAUCAUAGAAACUUCACCAGAGAUGGAUGAAACACUGCAACAGGUUGAGGAAACUCCGGCGAUGCCGCUGCCUGAGCCUGUGAACAUGCGUGAGACAGUGACCCUGUGUGGAGAAGCUUAGGAACUGCACAGUAGAGGAGACACUUCGUAUAUCUGUAUUUCGUAAUGUGAGCCUAAAUCACAAUGUUGUGAUCACAGCCAGUUAGAUCUUCAUAACAAGGAGGGCAUUGUCAUCACAGGAGGAUUAUUUGGGGCAUCCUAAUGUGCAAUAUAUCAUUUUUAUCUUUAUUUAUUCAGUUUCCAGAGCAUGCAUGAUGUAUUCAACCAUGCUGUUUGACAUAGUUAUACCUGCCCAGUACAAACAUUGAGUAGCUUUACUGGAGCAGCUGGGGGUUCAGUGCCUUGCUCAAUGACACCACAGCAGUGGUUGAGGUAGGGGAGAGGCACACACUUUCCCCAUCCCAGUUUUACAACUCAUCAAAAUCCAGUGACUUGAAAUAUCUUUAAACAUUUCAGCUUCUAUCACUGUACCUCACAUUUGUGUUUUUAUAAUUUUAGUUCUGUCUUCUGCUGCUUGUUCCACAAAAAGGCAGCAGGUGCACUCUGACCAAUACUGUUAUGCACUGAUAGAUAUACUAUAUGUUUUCAGUCAGCCACUUGUACUCUUACAGCAAAGGUUGACUUUUAUUCCAGCUGACACGCACAACAGCACCUUUACCGCCCCCUUUAUUUCCUUUUGUGUGUUUAGAAACAAAUGUGUGAGAAGUGUGUAUUUAAUGUAAUUAUUCCAGAAGUUGUUUGUGCUUUGCCUAUAAUGCCCAUAAAAGGGAGUCAACCCCUGUUGGACCUUUUCAUGGUUUGUUUUUACCACACUGCUCAACAGAAAAGAAACUCAAAUGUGAAAUUGUAAAAUCAUACUAAUUUAAGUAAAAACGUAAAACAUUA